UCCACAAACCCCCUCCACACUCAUCUCCGGCGCUCCUGCGGCCGAGCAGCGAACUACCGGCGGUGUAAAUAGUGCUGUUGGAUGAAGGAGGAUGGAGAAGCCGCAGUAAAUGCGGCUCAUGAUGCCAAAACGUUCCUCCUCCGUUAUUCAGGGUAGAGAGAGAGAGAGAGAGAGAGAGAGAGAGAGAGAGAGAGAGAGAGAGAGAGAGAGACGCUGCAUUUUGGCAUAACGGGAAUGUGAUGCAUUAGUCGCUUCCCUUCCAUCCUUCUCCUCCUCCUUUGCUGCUCCACCGCGAGGAGCCUGAAGAUGCGCACACCACCACCUUGAAGCGACCUCGUUUGUACGCGAUUGACGAUUUGUGCUCAUGAGCCUGCUCGGAGGCUACAAGAAGAGGAGCGGUUAUGAUGGCUAUGAAUCUUUGCAGCUGGUCGAUAGCGGAGGAGGCGGCGGAGACUUCAGCGGCGGAGUAGGAGGAGGAGGUGGGGGAAGAGGAGGAGGAGGACUGGCGGCAGUGACCCUCGGCUCCAAGGCGCGACCGGACCACUGCAGCAUCAUGGAUGGCUCAGAUAUGGAUGGGAACUAUGCGGGUGGACUGCUGGACAUGGUUAAAGGAGGUGCUGGAAAGUUCUUCAGUAACUUCAAGGACAACCUGAAGGACACCAUCAAGGACACUUCCACGAAGGUUAUGAAUCAAGUGGCCACCUACACCAAAGGAGAGCUGGACAUUGCCUACAUCACAUCACGUAUCAUAGUGAUGUCAUAUCCUGCGGAGGCUGUGGAAUUGGGCUACAGGAACCACGUGGAGGAUAUCCGCUCUUUUCUGGACUCGCGUCAUGCCGAUCAUUACACUGUUUUCAACCUGUCCCAGAGGAACUACCGUGGAGCCAAGUUUUCCAACAGGGUGUCUGAAUGCAAUUGGCCAUCCAGACAAGCCCCGAGCCUUCACAACCUGUUUGCUGUGUGUAAGAACAUGCACAACUGGCUCAAGCAGAACCCCAAGAACGUGUGUGUGAUCACUUGCUCGGAUGGCAGGGGUCCUUCUGGUGUUCUGGUCUGUGCCAUGUUCUGCUUCUGCCACCUUUUCACUAACCCGGUACCUGCCAUGCAACUGCUCAGCGCCAAGAAACCCGGAUCAGGCCUGUGGCCCUCACACAGGAGGUACGUAGGCUACAUGUGUAGCAUGGUUUCAGAGAAGCCCACAUUGCCCCACUCCAAACCGCUGGUAAUCAAAGCUGUCACAAUGAAUCCCAUACCUUGCUUCAACAAACAGCGGAGUGGCUGUCGACCUUUUUGCGAUGUCCUGCUCGGCGAGACAAAGAUCUUCUCCACAGCUCAGGAGUAUGAGAGGAUGAGGGAGUACAGGGUGCACGAGGGAAAGGUGGUCUUCAACCUGGGAGUGAGUGUCCAAGGCGAUGUCGUGAUCUCAGCCUACCACAUGCGCUCCCAUGCCCUACAAGCCAAGGUGACCAACACACAGAUAUUCCAGAUUCAGUUCCAUACAGGCUUCAUUGCCCCCGGGACAACAGACUUAAAGUUUAUGAAGUCUGAGUUGGAUGCGUGCGAUUCUCCAGACAAGUAUCCUCAGCUUUUCCAAGUGCUGCUGGAGAUUGAGGUGGAGAAUACUGACAAGCAGAAGGAUCUCACGCCACCCUGGGAACAGUUCCCCACCAAAGACCUGAGCCCAAACUUGCUGUUCACCUGCCACCAGGAACACAAGGAUGCUCUCGCUCUUGCAGAUCCAGCACUGGCUCAAGGGGCCCAGGGGGGCCGUGUGGGCCCGAAUGAGGAGAGUGAGCCCUCAGAUGAUGACAUGCUCUCACUCUCUAGCCAGCAGAGCGGCGGCAGUGGCGAGAAAGCCAAAGGAGCCAGUAGAGCUGAGGCUCAGCCUGCUGCUCCUCCUCCGCCUGCUGAGGACGUUGACCUCUUGGGCCUGGACGGAGGUGGUGUUCAGCCUCCUCCAACUUCCCCACAGCCUCAUACCACCACUAACACCACCACAGACCUGCUGGGAGAUCUGUUUGGAGCUCCAGCCUCUCAGUUAUCCAGUGGCCCCACCUCUGCCCAGUCUACUCCUAAAAGGACCACCUCCUCAAGUUCACCUUGCCCCUCACCUAGACCUACAGACAGUUUUGACCCGUUCGGGUCGGCUCCAUCUGCCGCAAAGCCUCAAGACUUUAUGGGGGCCUUCCUGGGACCAGGUAAUGUGGGGCAGCCAGAGCCCUUCCUGCAUGCCGCACGCUCUCCAUCUCCCACUAUGCAGAACAUGGGCUUGGGCCGCAGCUCGCCCGUGCCCCCCACUACACCCACUGUAAACAUCCAGCAGCAAAGCACUGUGGGAGGAGGAUGGGACUGGAACAGAGCAACUGCCCCUGGUGGUGGUUUCAGUGUAGGCAGUAAAUCCGCUGGUACGAGUCCUACUGGCUCUGUACACAACACUCCUACUCACCAGGCCAAACCGAACACCCUGGACCCUUUUGCUGACCUCGGCAACCUGGGAACCAGUCUGGGAGGUGGAUCGGGAUUCUCCAGUAAGCCCGCUACUCCAACUGGAACAGGAGGAGGACUUCCUCCAAUGAGUUCCCCCCAGAGACCCACUGCCUCUCCCCAACACACCACAGCAGGCUGGCAGUCCAGCACGGCUUUCCCCUCAUGGCCACAUGGAGGUGCGGGUCAGUGGCAGCCACCGACCCAGGCCAAAGCCCCAGGACCAUCCAUGACACACAGCUCUCCUCAGAACAGGCCCAACUACAACGUCAGCUUCUCUGCAGUGGGUGGAGCUGCGCCAGGGGGAAAAGCACAACCCAAUAUGGGUACCAAACCGAAGGCUACUACUAUUAAUUUUGAUGACCUGCUGUCUGGCCAAGGCUUUACGGGCAAUAAGGAAAAGAGAGGCCCAAAGACUAUAGCAGAGAUGAGAAAAGAAGAGAUGGCAAAAGAGAUGGACCCAGAAAAACUCAAGAUCCUGGACUGGAUCGAGGGGAAGGAGCGUAACAUCCGUGCUCUGCUCUCCACAAUGCACACAGUGCUGUGGGAGGGAGAGAGCCGAUGGAAACCUAUAGGCAUGGCUGACCUUGUCACACCUGAACAGGUGAAGAAGGUCUACCGCAAGGCCGUGCUGGUCGUCCACCCUGACAAGGCAACUGGACAGCCCUAUGAACAAUACGCCAAGAUGAUUUUUAUGGAAUUAAACGAUGCAUGGUCAGAGUUUGAAAGCCAAGGACCGAAAGCUCUUUACUGAGACUUCCUGCACCAAGUGACCAUAGGAAAACCCCACCCUGCUGCUGUUUACAACAUAAUUGGUCAACCACUCCUACUCAGAACAGCAUGAGAUGAUGACCAUGUUCAUCAGAACCCCCUUCGCUGUUCUCCUCCCUCUCCUACAUCCUGUUCUGUACACUGUACACACUAGAGCAUUCGUCUGCAUAGUGUGACUGUGUGAGUGUCAGUCUGUAAUGACUUGCGGAACUGGCCUCUGAUAAAUCAGCUGAUGAGCGAGCUACUAUCUGAGCUUAGACAUAGUGAUGUGUUCUCCACAGUGCUAGAACUUGCAUAUCUUUCUUUCUAUCAAACAUAGUAUUUCUUCCUUUUUUCUUUUUCUUUUUUUUUUGUGUGUAGUUGGGUAGUUCAGUACCUAAACAUCUUGCCACACAUUAAACUGGUCUAUGUUUAUAAUGGUGCAAGUGAUGUAGACCACGUGCAGGUCGAGAUGA